AAGAACCUACUACACAGACUUUUUGGCAUCCUCAAAAAGAUUGUUUCUUAGCAGAUCCAUAAUAUUUUGAUUUUGAGUUACAGGCAGUUUUAAAUAAACAUAGGCAGAAAAAUGUAGUUUGCAGAGUUUAACCCUAAUUACGGCUCUGCUCAUAGUUGCAUUUCCUAUCUUUGUCCGACUAGUUGCGCACAUUUCAAUUACGUUAAACAGAAAAGGACAAGCUAAACCUAAACUAAAAGCCCUUUGCCCUUUUGGUAGGCACAGGUGGUGUGUUGUGUACAGUGUACAUUACAGACGGAUUUUAAUAAUCAUUUUAGGUACAGAGUGGAGUUGCGCCUUUGUAAUUGUCUUAGACAACCUCUUCUUCCCCACAAUUACCUUCGAACUAACUACAACAGACUCCUCUGGAAAUGGCAGGUUCUGCUUUACGCCGCCUUAUGGCCGAAUACAAACAACUAACCCUAAAUCCACCAGAAGGAAUUAUCGCUGGUCCAAUAAACGAGGAAAACUUUUUCGAAUGGGAAGCGCUGAUUACAGGCCCGGAGGGUACCUGCUUUGAGGGUGGCGUAUUCCCUGCAAAGUUGAUAUUCCCGUGCGAUUAUCCAUUAAGCCCGCCAAAAAUGCAAUUCACAUGUGAAAUGUUCCAUCCUAAUAUAUACUCGGAUGGUAGAGUUUGUAUUUCCAUUCUUCAUGCGCCCGGUGAUGAUCCAAUGGGGUACGAAUCAAGUGCCGAGAGGUGGUCGCCUGUUCAAAGUGUCGAAAAGAUAUUGUUGUCGGUCGUUAGUAUGUUAGCAGAACCAAAUGAUGAAAGUGGAGCGAAUGUGGAUGCAGCUAAAAUGUGGCGGGAAAAUAGGGACGAAUUUAACAAAAUUGCUGACCGUAUAGUCAGGAAAACGCUAGGAAUACAUUUACGAGAGUAGUUUCAGACCAUAUGAAGCCUGUGAUUUGUUACUUGAUUAAUCCGUUAUAAACAUCUCCUUUUUUAAUUAGAAGUCUGUUAAUGACGGCUUUUUUUGUUAUCUUUUAAAAACUGGAAUUUAGAUUGUGAUUAAAAUUGCCUAUACUAAAUAAAGUAUAAACUUGCUUGUUUCACAA